CGGGUUAUUAAACACGUGCGUGUUUGGCGUAGGACCGAGAAGUGCAGCGAAGGUUACGUCAUCCCGCCGGGUCAACCUUUCACCUACUUCCCCAGACCUACCCCCCCCCCCCCCUCACUCUCUCACAGCGGCGUCUGUGUUGUUGACGGAGGCUCGUGGGGAAGAGGAACCCUCGGCAAAAUAUAACACACAUAGAUACACAACAGCACAGUUGGUGUCCCUUUGCGAUCCGGAGACGUCGUCGGCUGAAAUGUGGAUGAGUACAUUCUGGCGUCUGGCCCGGCCCGCCCUGCAGCGGAGCACCUCCGCAGCGGCCUGCCGGGCUCUGAGGGCUUGUCGUAGACCAGGACGCUCUGGCCCGACUUCAAUGCAGCUUCGCGGACAGCAGACACUGGGGUCGGCCUGCGUGCCUCUGGCUCAACACUCCGUGAGGACCGUCCGGGCUCUAGACGAGGAGCGGAUGGUGGAGGUGGAGUGGGAGGGUGGAGGCCACAGUCUGUACCCGUUCACCUGGCUGAGGGACAACUGCCAGUGUCCGCUGUGCACCCUGGACUCCGCUCAGGCUCGGAAACUGUCGAUGUUGGAUCUUGACGUCCACACAGGACUCGACGCGGUGGAGGUCACCAAUGACAACAAGGUGUCCGUUUUGUGGCCCGACCGGCACACCAGCGCGUUCGACGCUGACUGGCUGAAGAGACGCUGCUUCUCCGCUGCGGCCAGACGAGCAUCGAGAGAAGAGCUUUUCCUCAACCAGCGCCACUACUGGGACUCGGAGCUGCGCGUCCCCACCGCCGACUUCCAGGAAGUCCUCCGCGACGACCGGGCGGCGCUGGAUUGGCUCCUGGCCCUGCGGCGCGUGGGCGUGGUCCACCUGACGGGGGCCGCCACGGAGCGCGGCGCCGUGGCCAGACUGGCCGAGCGGGUCGGCUACCUCCGGCUCACCUUCUACGGGCACACGUGGCAGGUCCAGGACAAGCCCAUGGCGAACAACGUGGCCUACACGUCAGGGAAGCUCGGCCUGCACACCGACUACCCGGCUAUGCACUUCGCACCUGGAGUGCAGUUCCUGCACUGCAUCAGCGCGGCCGAGGAGGGGGGGGAGAGCGAGAUGGUGGACGGCUUCCACAUGGCCGAGCUGCUGCGGAGAGAAGACCCCGAGGCCUUCAGGACGCUCUGCUCGGUCCACGUGGACUUCACCGACACGGGGACGGACUACUGCGACUUCAUGCUGCAGUCCAAGAAGAGCAUCAUCGAAGUCGAUUGCAGAGGGCCGAGUUGUGAGGAUCAACUACAACAACGCCACCAGAGACUCCGGUGCUGGACCUCCCCGUGCAGCAGGUGCAACCCUUCUACCGGUCCAUCCGGGCUACGUGGACGUCAUGAACCGCCGGGAGAACGUUGGUGACCUUCAAAAUGACCCAAGGUCAGUGUGCGCCGGCCACCCCCCC